AUGUCAGAGUCAUCUGCUCGACCGGCCGAUGGCCUUGCUGAUCCGUUCGAUGGUGCCUUAGGGUCUAAUUUCAAGUCAAGGCUGGGGUUCUCACGUUCGCCCAUUUCUAUGAUAUCCGGCUCCGUCAGUCCUCUUCCUGUAUCUAUUUCAACGUCAGCAGGCAUAGCAGCCGCUCUUGCUAGACGGCUUUCUACACAUAAUCAUAAUCACCAGCAGCAGCAGCACUUGUUCCCAAGUCAACUGCAACAGCACCCAGCCCAGCAACUUCUGGCUUCUGGCAGCCAACUGGUUAGUGCCGCUCAAGCUGCACUCAUUGGUGAUCCUCACUUAGUCCCGUCUACGACUGCUGAAACUGAUUUAUCUUCUCUUAAGCUGACAAGCCUUUCCCAAGGACACAACCAAAUACACCUCACCGCUCCUCAUUAUAUCCACCACCUCCAGCAUCAUCCUCACCAACAGCAGCACCUGCUCCAACAUUAUCCAAGUCUUCAAACGGCACCGAUAUCUGUCCAUAAAUCAUACUCGUCAAUCUCUCCUGCCGUCGGCGUUUCUCUUUCCCAGAAACCGAUCAGCGGAGCUCAUCUUUUGGUUCCUAUGGUUUCCUCGAAUGUCUCUUGCCUAAAUGCUAGCUCUACUGGUUCUGGUUCUACUUCUACUUGUACUGCUGCUAGUGGAGGGAUUGCUCUGAACAACACCGCCAUAGCUGCGGCUGCUGUGGGUGCUGCGGGGGUCUCGAUGGCAGCCUACGUAAACCAGCCAAUGCUUGUUGCUGCUGCAUCAGCUGCUGCUGCCGCGGCCGCUGCUGCAGCAGCAGCCUCCAAACAGAAUCAGGAGCAGCAUCAGCAUCAUCACUAUAAACAAUUGGUUAGCCUCCAACGGCAAUCACAGCAGGUGCCAGUGCCACAGCAGCAACAGCAGUUGGAAGAACGCCAACGCCAGCAUCAGCACUUGCUCCCUCACCACCAAUUUCAACCACAGGUUCAGCAGCAGCAGCACAUAGUGGAUAAAAGGCACACUGAUGACAAUUAUGAUUAUAUUGUUCGCCCUGGUGAGAUAUGGAUGGGUCGUUACACAAUAAAUAGCCUAAUCGGACGCGGUUCCUUUGGUCAGGUAAAUUAUUUCUUAAUCAACCUUGUUAAUGCUUGCUUAGUUAAUGCUUGA